AACAAAUUUAUUGUUUAUUCCCAUGUGGUAGAAAAAUGGACGCGCACAUGACUCUGUGAGGUUUUGAAAAUGUUUUCUUUAAGUGUUCGCAUUCGUUGAGCAGUGUAAUUUGAUAAUUUUGUGACAAAGUGGUGUGUGAAAAUGACAGAAAUGCCUCCUUAUCUUACGGUCAAAGAUGAGGAGAAAAACAGUGCUCAGGGCGACAGUGAUACUUCUUCAGACGUCGACGAUUGGGAUUUACCCCUCUGUUUUGAUAAACCUAGACACCUUGAGCCUAUAAAAGGCGCAGAGCGUGUGGAGCAUACGUGGAGAGUCAAAGAGAAGUACAAGACCCACUGUGUGGCUCUGGUGCUGUGCCUCAAUGUGGGAGUGGAUCCCCCAGAUGUGGUGAAAACCCAACCGUGUGCCAGGCUUGAGUGUUGGAUUGACCCGCAGUCGCUGUCCGCCAGCAAGGCGCUGGAGAGCAUCGGGCACGCGCUGCAGUCGCAGUACGAGCGGUGGCAGCCGCGCGCGCGCUACAAGCAGAGCCUCGACCCCACCAGCGAUGAGGUGAAGAAGCUGUGUUGUUCCCUCCGUCGCAACGCCAAGGACGAGCGGGUGCUGUUCCAUUACAACGGCCACGGCGUGCCCAAGCCCACCGCGCAGGGGGAGAUAUGGGUGUUCAACAGGGCUUACACGCAAUACAUCCCCCUGUCGAUGUACGACCUGCAGACGUGGAUGGGCGCGCCCUCGCUGUACGUGUACGACUGCUCCAACGCCGGCGUCAUCGUCGAAAACUUCAAGCAGUUCGCGGAACAGCACGAACGCGAGUACGAGGCUCAAGUGAACUCCAAGGAGGAGGGCGCCACCCUGCCGCCGCCCGUGUCGUACAAGAACUGCAUCCAGCUGGCGGCGUGCGCGGCCGGCCAGUCGCUGCCCAUGAACCCCGAGCUGCCCGCCGACCUGUUCACGGCCUGCCUCACCACGCCCGUGAAGAUGGCCAUGAAGUGGUUCGUGCUGCGGGAGCGCACGCGCGUCGCGCCGCCCGACGUGCUGGACCUCAUCGACAAGAUCCCGGGCCAGGUGACGGACCGCCGCACCAUGCUGGGCGAGCUCAACUGGAUCUUCACGGCCAUCACGGACACGAUCGCCUGGAGCUCGCUGUCGCCGGAGCUGUUCCAGCAGCUGUUCCGCGCGGACCUGCUGACGGCGUCGCUGUGCCGCAACUUCCUGCUGGCGGACCGCAUCCUGCGCUCGUACAACUGCACGCCGGUGGCGGCGCCCGCGCUGCCGUCGCUGGCGGCGCACCCGCUGUGGGCGGCCUGGGAGCACACGCUGGACCUGGCGCUGGCGCAGCUGCCGCGCCUGCACGGGCCCGAGCCGGCCGAGUACACGCACUCGCCCUUCUUCCGCGACCAGCUCACGGCCUUCCAGGUGUGGCUGGAGCUGGGCAAGUGGCGCGUGUCGCGCGCGGCGCCGGCGCAGCUGCCGAUGGUGCUGCAGGUGUUGCUGAGCACGCUGCACCGCGUGCGCGCGCUGCGCCUGCUGUGCCGCUUCCUGGCGCUGGGCGCCUGGGCGGCGCGCGCCGUGCUCAACGUCGGCAUCUUCCCCUACAUGCUCAAGCUGCUGCAGGCCUCCGCGCCGGACCUGCGCCCCUCCAUGGUCUACAUCUGGGCGAAGAUCAUCGCCGUCGACCCUAGCUGCCAAGUGGACCUGGUCAAUGCUAAAGGACACAAGUAUUUCCUGUCUGUCUUGCAAGAUCCAUCAGUUGACAGUGAGCACAGAACCCUGGCGGCGUACGUGCUGGCGGGCAUCGUCGACAACUACCCCGCCGGCCAGGAGGCCGCGCUGCAGGGCUCGAUGAUCUCCAUCUGCCUGGAGCAGCUGAACGACGGCUGCGCGCGCCUGGCGCUGUGGGCGUGCGUGUGCCUGGGCCGGCUGUGGCGCCAGUUCGACGCGGCGCGCUGGGCCGGCGUGCGCGACCUGGCGCACGAGAAGCUGUUCCCGCUGCUCAGCAGCCGCCAGCCCGAGCUGCGCGCCGCCUGCGCCUUCGCGCUCGGCAGCUUCGUGGCGGCCGGCGCCGCGCGCUCCGAGCACGCCAACGCGCUCGACCAGCAGGUCGGCGUGCAGCUGGCCGCGCGCCUGCCCGCCGACGCCUCGCCGCUCGUGCGCCAGGAGAUCCUCGCCGCUAUACAAUGGAUGGUGUUGAUAUUUGAGCAACACUUUAUCGCGGUGUACAUCCAGGAGAGAGUGCGCAAGAGUGACAGGGAGGCGGGCCGCGGCGGCCGCGUGGACCAGGGCUGGGACGCGCUCUCCGACACUCGCAACGUGCACCACCACCACGCACUGGCGCGCCACGCAGCCGCACUCGCGCUGCCCUCCAUCGGGUUCGGCUCGGUGUACAUGAAGCUGUGGAACAUCCUUACCAUGAUGUCGCGGGAGCCGCACCCGCAGGUUUCGCAGAUGGCCAACGAAAUUAUUAACUACAUUGCCAAUCAGGUGGACAGCGUGGGGCGCGAGCUGGAGUUGUCGCGGCGCGAGCCGGCGUCGCUGCCGCCGUCGCGUCAGUAGCCGGCGUCGCUGCCGCCGUCGCGUCAGUAGCCGUAGUGUGUAGUACGCAGUUAGUAGCGCGGUGUGGCGGUGUGCAGGUGGACAGCGUGGGGCGCGAGCUGGAGUUGUCGCGGCGCGAGCCGGCGUCGCUGCCGCCGUCGCGUCAGUAGCCGGCGUCGCUGCCGCCGUCGCGUCAGUAGCCGUAGUGUGUAGUACGCAGUUAGUAGCGCGGUGUGGCGGUGUGCAGGUGGACAGCGUGGGGCGCGAGCUGGAGUUGUCGCGGCGCGAGCCGGCGUCGCUGCCGCCGUCGCGUCAGUAGCCGGCGUCGCUGCCGCCGUCGCGUCAGUAGCCGUAGUGUGUAGUACGCAGUUAGUAGCGCGGUGUGGCGGUGUGCAGGUGGACAGCGUGGGGCGCGAGCUGGAGUUGUCGCGGCGCGAGCCGGCGUCGCUGCCGCCGUCGCGUCAGUAGCCGGCGUCGCUGCCGCCGUCGCGUCAGUAGCCGUAGUGUGUAGUACGCAGUUAGUAGCGCGGUGUGGCGGUGUGCAGGUGGACAGCGUGGGGCGCGAGCUGGAGUUGUCGCGGCGCGAGCCGGCGUCGCUGCCGCCGUCGCGUCAGUAGCCGGCGUCGCUGCCGCCGUCGCGUCAGUAGCCGUAGUGUGUAGUACGCAGUUAGUAGCGCGGUGUGGCGGUGUGCAGGUGGACAGCGUGGGGCGCGAGCUGGAGUUGUCGCGGCGCGAGCCGGCGUCGCUGCCGCCGUCGCGUCAGUAGCCGGCGUCGCUGCCGCCGUCGCGUCAGUAGCCGUAGUGUGUAGUACGCAGUUAGUAGCGCGGUGUGGCGGUGUGCAGGUGGACAGCGUGGGGCGCGAGCUGGAGUUGUCGCGGCGCGAGCCGGCGUCGCUGCCGCCGUCGCGUCAGUAGCCGGCGUCGCUGCCGCCGUCGCGUCAGUAGCCGUAGUGUGUAGUACGCAGUUAGUAGCGCGGUGUGGCGGUGUGCAGGUGGACAGCGUGGGGCGCGAGCUGGAGUUGUCGCGGCGCGAGCCGGCGUCGCUGCCGC